AUGGCCUGCUUGCGGCGCUCCGCCUCCUCUCGAACCGCCGGGCUCGCGGUCUCACGCCGCAUUGCCGAGCGCACCUUCAUGGCCCGGCGGAGCAGGGUCACCACGUGCGCGUCCAACUCCUCAACCGUUGCCGGCAUCAGUGUGAGCUCGAGCGUGGCAAGCGCCUCGUCCCUCGCGGUGUUGCUCUCGCCCUCCGCUUCGGUCGCCUCAGUGCUCUGGCUCGAGGACGGGGUGUCGGUACCGACGGGCGCAACGUCAAGAGAUGACAUUGUCGGCUUGACAAAGAGCCCCAGCACCUCCUUCUUUGAGGUCAUCUCGAGGUCCGGAAGGAACACCAUGAAGUCCUUGGCGCGCGUCUUGGCCACGUACUCGACGCGCGCGCUCUGUGCCGGCGACGGCGACAAGAAGCGGAAGCGGCCGAAGCCCUCGGCCUCGCCGACUCCGACCCCGGGGCCGUGGUCGGCAGAUCCGGCCAACGACGACUUUGAGACCGUGACCCUGUCGUGCACCAUCACGCCGUUAGCGCAGUAUGGAGGCAUCCCUGAGCUGCUGGCGGAGGUCGAGGCGGAGACGCGCGCCAAGGGCAAGAAGGGCAAGAAGAAGAAGAAGAAGAAGGGCGGCGGGGCGGGGCCGUCGCAAGAGCCCGAGGCGCCGUCGGAGGCAGACGCAGCCGAGGCGGCGAAGAAGGCCGAGGAGGCGAGGCUCCUCCUGCUUCUCGAGACGCUCACCGAGGAGAGGAUCCGGUUCGGCAUCACGCCGGAGACGUCGGUCGAGGGUUUGGCGGAGGCGCUGGGAGAGGCGGCAGAGGCGGCGGACGAGGCGAGCGAGGAGGAGACAGCGGAGGGGCAGUCUGCGGCGGCGCGCGAGGAGGCCGAGGCGGCCGAGGCCGCGCGUUGGAGUGCGGCGGCGGAGGCGGCGGAGGAGGCCGCGGCGGAGGAAGAGGCUGCGUUGGCGGCGGAGGAGGCGGCGAUGGAGGCCGCAAUCGCCGCCGCCAAGGCGAGGCGCGCGUCGGUGGCGACGGCGAGGGCCAAGGCAGCGGCAGCCAAGAUGGCGGCGGAGGCGGCCCAGCGCUCAUAG